UUUGUUCUUCCUCUCUUCACCCUUCUGCAUAAUUUUCGAAUGCCACCUUCCAUUCUCACCCACAAGUAAGAUUCGUCCUACUGUUUUUCUUUUUUAAAAGAAAAAUAUUUUUCUAAUCCUUAAAGCAUUCUUCCUUGUCAUAUCGGAUUCUACUGUGUUGUCAAUACUUUGGAAGAGUUUCAGAUAUGGGUCUUGAAGGAUCAAUACACUAGCUUUCCUUCUUCUAAGGCUAAAAAAGAUUUGAAUGGCUAGACCUCCAUUUUUUGUCACAAGCUUGUGCACUCGCCAAAAUGUUAACUCCCCAAUCCGUAACCUUAGUAUUGCUGGAACUAGUAGUGGGGUUGAAGGUGAAGUUGCUGUGCAAAACCGGGAUCAACCAAGUUCAGAGAAUCAUCAAAGUGAGCAACAGAGCUUAGCUGAGAUAGCUAAAGAUGUUUGCAAAGUCAUCCGGACACGACCCAGAUGGGAACAAUCAUUGUCAGCUGAUUUUCCCACUGUUAAGUUUACUGAUCCAAGAUUCUAUACUGAGGUUUUGAAGGCAGAAAAGAAUGUUAUGUUCUCGCUCCGGUUUUAUUAUUGGCUUUGUUCUCAAAAUGGAUUUUCGAGGGAUCAGUUCUCUGAUGAAGUAAUAUUUAAUGGGCUUGUACAAGCCAAGGCCGCCAGUGCAGCUAAAUCUUUUCGAAAAAAUAUGAAUUUUGUGCCUCAACCUAGUUGUUGGGAGGCCUACAUGGAGUGUCUUUGUGAAAAUGGAUUGAUUGAGGAUGCCGUCGAUGUGUUUACUGAAUUGAGAGGUGUUGGCUACUGUCCAUCGUUGAAAAUUUGGAAUUCAGCCCUUUCAGAUUCUAUCCGAGCUGGAAGAACUGACAUUGUAUGGAAAUUGUAUGAGGAUAUGACAGAAUCUGGUGUUGAAGCAGAUGUACAUACGAUUGGGCACUUGAUUCAAGCAUUUUGUAUGGAGAACAAUGUUCCAAAAGGUCAUCAACUUCUUCGACAGGUCUUGGAAGCUGGGCAUGCCCCUAGUAAUGUAGCUUUUAAUAAACUGAUUUACGAAUCAUGCAAGAAUAGAGAUUACUUUAGACUGUCAUCUCUUCUCCAUUCAAUGAUUUCAACUAAUCGUUCUAUCGAUAUAUUAACUUAUCAGCAUGUUAUUCAGGGACUAUGUGAAACGAGAAAAGGGCGUGAAGCUUUUCGGAUAUUUAAUGAUUUAAAGAAUAGAGGCUAUGCUCCGGAUAUGGUUAUGUAUACAACAAUGAUUAAUGGUCUUUGUAAAAUGAAAUUACUUGGAUAUGCCCGAAAGUUAUGGUUUGAAAUGAUUCAAAAGGGAUUCAAUCCCAACGAGUACACAUAUAACACACUCAUCCAUGGGUAUCUAACAACUAACCAUCUAAGAGAAGCUGAAAGUCUUUAUAAGCAAAUAUGUGAUAAAGGAUAUGGAAAGACCACAGUGACAUAUAACACCAUGAUUUAUGGGCUGUGUCUUUAUGGAAGAGUAGAAGAAGCUCACAACUUGUUCAAUGAAAUGGCUGAGAAAGGUGUUGCGCAUGAUGUAGUCACAUACAAUUCUCUUAUUCAGGGUUUCUGCAAGGAUGGGAAGAUCGCUGAAGGUCUUCAGUUUUUAUAUGAACUGUUAAAGCAGGGGUUGCAACCAUCACCUGCUUCUUAUACAGUGUUAAUUGAGAAACUUUGUGAGGUCGGCCAGGUUUUGGAAGCAAAAUCAUUGUGGAACGAUAUGCAGGAUAGAGGUGUCAAACCUGCAGCAUCGACUCAUGAUUCUAUCAUACUUGGAUUGAUCAAGCAGGGACAUGUAAAAGAGGGGGUCGAUUGGUUGAGCAGUAUGGUGAAGAGUAGGCUCAAACCAGGGAGACAAACUUUUGAGAAACUGAUUUAUCAUCUUUCUCAAGCAGAUAAGUUGGAUGACUCUUUAUCCAUUUUAGAUUACAUGCUUAGGUUAGGUCAUGUUGCCAGAGAAAGUAUUUUCUGUUCUCUAGUAAAUAAACUUUGCAAAGAUAAUUCCCACCAUAUUGAGAUACAAAUGGGAAAUAUUGUCUGAGCAAUUCAAGACAGUUGAUGUCUUACAAAGAUUGCGAUACCUUUAUCUUGUCUAAGGCCAAAUGGGAAGAGAAGAUUUUUUUUUGCUUCAUACAACUUCAUUGGAGGAAAAAUCUAUGUUGGAGCAAAAUGUAUGACUGAUUUUGUGUGUACUUCACUUUGUUUGGUUUGUA